AGUACGUAGUUAAGCUCAACACCAAAACAACCUGGAGCACUGGAUUUUUAUACAUAAAUUAUCUUUAUAAAACGCAUUGGAACUACUUUGGAGUGUCUGGGCUUCGUCUGGACAUCAGGCCUAAGCCUUCUGACGCCCUGUGAAAUGAUAUAUGUUGUAAUGGGAGUGUCUGGCUGCGGAAAGACGACACUAGGGGCCUUCCUGUCACACAAGCUCGGGUGGCCCCUGCACGAGGGAGAUGACUUUCACCCGGUAGAAAAUGUUGAGAAGAUGUCUCGAGGGGAACCGCUGACAGACCAGGACAGAUUGCCUUGGCUGCUGAAACUGCAUGACAUCAUCCAACGGGAGAUGUCCUCAGGGCGCAAUGCGAUUGUGGUAUGUUCAGCUCUGAGGAGACUCUACAGGCAGGUCCUGCUGUUAGGAUCCAAGGCCCUGACCAGCUCUGAGCCUGGGAGUGUGGCCACGUGCAGCCUACCAGGAGUAUGGUUCCUUUUCCUUUAUGGGACUUAUGAUAUGAUCCACACGAGGAUGGUGGCUCGAAGGGGACAUUUCAUGCAGCCUGAUCUACUGCGCUCUCAGUUUGAAGUUCUGGAGCCGCCGGCGCCGGAGGAGAAUGCGAUUCUGCUCGACAUUCGGAGGAGCACUGACGACAUUUGUAGGGAGAUACAGGAACAUCUCCGCCAACUAUCAUAGCCGAAAACCAUGCCUGGACUCUCAAAUCAAAUGCAACAAAGUGGAUUACCCCUGGUGUGAUUCAAGCAAUUACAAAUCUGACUUUUAUGUGCUUUUUAUUUUACAGCACAAUAAAUGUGUUUCUGGUUAAUUU